UUACAUAAUUAGUCUUUUAAUUAUUUCUUAAUUUAGUUAGUUACAUAAUUAAUUAUUUAUUUAUUUCUUAAUUCUAUAUUUCUAUUAUUACUUCAAUAUUAUCAAUCAUUUCUUCAUUUUUGAAAAAAGCCACAAAAAAAGUUAGUAAAGUGGCAAAAUCAUUGGGAGGUUCCAGUUCCUCCAAAAGAAAGGCCACUUCUACUCCGUCGGUAUCAACAACACCUUCCAUUAGUAAUUAUAAUUAUGAACAUAAUUAUCCGGAAGGGUACGACCCAGAGUUACAUAAUUAUGCAGAAGAAGUGGAAAGAGAAAUACAAAUUGAUGAAGAAGAGGAACCAACGACCCCAAUUGGGAUACGUAUAUCUCGACAGUCAUCAACAAGAUCACAUGAAGAACAAGGAGAACAACAACAACAAAGACAAGCUCGUGGUAAACGAGUCAAUUUCCAAACUAUCGAUGAAGACGAACCAGUAAGACAACCUUUUCCGGCAAUGGCACCUCCUAGUGGUAGAGCUGUUUCACAUGUGUGGUCGUAUUUCACAAAAGAACCAACCGAGAAUCCAGAUAUUUUCUUAUGCACUUGUCAAAUUUGUGAAAGUCAAGGAGUAAAGCCCUUAGUUUCAUGCAGUUUCACCAGAGGUGGUGGUACGGGAUCUUUUAACAAACAUUUGGCAAAGAAGCAUGGAAUCACAAAAGAAACUCAUGCAGCAAGCGGGAGCGGGACCACAAGUGGAAGCCGACAGACACAAUGGGACAUUCCCAGCACAGGUAGAAGAGUUUUGGACGAAAAGCGAUCUCGUCUUGCUCCACAUAGUAUUCAAAUAUGUGUUUGCAAGAAAGAUUGGGAUCAAGCGGAGAUUCGAACACAAGGACUAAGGAAUGAUGAUGAUCAAGACGAAGAUGAUGAUCCAUGGAUGAUGAUGGAUACAUCUGCAUCAUCGUCAGGAGGAGAGUCAGCGGAAGCAUCUAAUCAACCACAUGAUGAUGACGAAGACGAAUAGGAUCAAUCCGACAAGCGCCAACGAUAAAUCAACAUUCAACAACUAUAAAUAAAAGGUAUGACAAAGAACUACGUGGGCUUUGAUUUCUUCGG